GUUAAGCAAUGACUGCACCAGUGCUGAGUGCACACACACACUCACACAGACUCACUCACUCACUCCUCUGAAAAACCGACUUGUGUUUUUGACAGAUGCUCAGGAAAGGAUUCAGCUCCCCUGAAAGUGGCAUCCAGCAGCAGCAUCUCUGAGCUCCUGUAAGAUCAGCACAUUUUUGGAAUACAUCACUCAUAUCCUGCGCACAGGGCAUAAGAGGAGAUGUUUGCAUCCCUCGCUUGGCUUUCUUCCUAGCGGUGCACCUUGCCGAGCAUCCGAUGGUGCGCAAACCUCUCCAAACUUUCCGACCAAGUGGAGGAUAUUUCCUGAGGCGAAGGAUAUAGCCGACACUCAGUCACGCGGGAGCGCGCUCUGGAAAUGUCCCUUCACGGACGCUGGCGUUAAGUAAAACCUCGAUGUUUGUGUUUUACGCCGGGAAGAGCUCUUAGGAUUUCUCCGUCGUUCACUUGGACAUGUUGCGCAGCGGCGCGACUGCGGGAUUGAAAUAACGCUGCUGUUGCCGGAGUUUCUAAACCUCGCCAAGAUCUCGGGCACCGCAGCUUUCUGGCAGGUGCUCCUUUUUUUGAGCGUGUUUGAAGACGGUGCCAUGCGGAAUCUGGAAUCGCACAUCAAAGGGCUGUAAAACCUGCUGGAAACGCUAUAUUUACGCAGAAAUGGGGUCCCUGGUGAGAUCCCGUUGGCUGAUGAUCCCCCUGCUCGUGCAGGCCUGGCUCUUGGCAUCCCAAGGCAGAGUCCGAGAGAAACCAUGUCCCCGAAGCUGCCGCUGCGAUGGCAAAAUAGUAUAUUGUGAGUCAAAUGCCUUCCGCGAUGUGCCAAAGAACGUUUCCAUUGGAUGCCAGGGACUUUCUCUGCGGUACAACAGCUUGGUGAACCUCAGGGCUGGUCAGUUUGCCAGCCUCAGCCAGUUAGUCUGGCUGUACCUUGACCACAACUACAUCAGUGGAGUGGACAAACAAGCCUUUCAGGGUGUUCGAAGACUAAAGGAGUUGAUUCUCAGCUCCAACAAGAUCACUCAUUUGGAAAACAGCACGUUCCAUUCGAUUCCCAACCUACGCAACCUGGACCUCUCCUACAACAAACUUCAAAUCCUGCAGCCAAAUCAAUUUCAAGGCUUGCGCAAACUGUUGAGUCUCCACAUCAGAUCAAACUCCCUCAAGACGGUUCCUAUGCGAGUGUUUCAGGAUUGUCGAAAUCUGGAGUUCCUUGAUUUGGGGUAUAAUAGACUGCGAAGUCUAACUCGUAAUGCAUUUGCGGGGCUUCUCAAACUGACCGAGUUACACUUGGAGCACAACCAAUUCUCAAAGAUCAAUUUUUCUCAUUUCCCAAGGCUGAACAACCUCCGUGCUUUGUAUCUGCAAUGGAAUCGGAUAAAGUCGAUAACCCAGGGAAUUACAUGGACCUGGACCUCUUUGCAAAAGCUGGAUCUCUCCGGGAAUGACCUGCAGGUGUUGGAUUCGAGCAUCUUCCAGUGUCUCCCUAACUUGCAGACCCUUAAUCUGGACUCUAAUAAAUUAAGCAACGUGUCUCAAGAGGCCAUCUCGGCUUGGAUCUCGCUUACUACCAUCAGUCUUGCAGGGAACAUUUGGGAAUGCAACCCCAGCUUAUGCCCUCUUGUAGCUUGGCUGAGGAACUUCAAGGGGAACAAAGAGACCACCAUGAUUUGUGCAGGACCGAAGGAGAUUCAGGGUGAGAAAGUUAUAGAGGCCAUUGACACGCAUGGAAUUUGCAAGACAACCCCAACCCCUUAUCUGACGAUGUCCUCUACUGUAAGUUCCCCAUCCAAAGCCAAACGUUUCCCCCUGCCCACUAUGUUCAGAGUAAAUGAGAAAAUAACUCGGAACAAUGCUGUUGCACCGUCUCCGACGGCAGCAUCCCCACCUGUCCCUGAGCAGGACUUUGAGCAUGUUUCAUUCCACAAGAUAAUAGCCGGCAGUGUCGCCCUCUUCUUAUCCGUGGCCAUGAUCUUGCUAGUGAUCUAUGUCUCCUGGAAGCGUUAUCCCAGCAGCAUGAAGCAACUGCAGCAGCAUUCCAUGGUGCGAAAACGCCGGAAAAAGGCACGGGAGACAGAGCGCACCCUCAGCUCUCCGCUUCAGGAAUAUUAUGUGGACUACAAACCCACAAACUCAGAAACCAUGGACGUACUGGUCAAUGGGACAGGACCCUGUACCUACACCAUCUCCGGCUCCCGAGAAUGUGAGGCCCCGCAGCAGAUGAGCACACUGGCCUUCUACAGGUACGAGCAGCCCAUCGUGGACUAUUGCCAGGCUCAUCAGCCGCUGCACAUCAACAGAGGCUUCGAGCCACCGCCACCGCCGCCGUCCCAGAGCCUGGAGGGGCUGAGGGCACGCGAACACCUUCACCCUUCAGUGCCUGCAGCCCCUCGGACAGACACCCACACCCUGCCGCAGUGAGCCCCAAAUACUGGACUGCAGACUCUCAGGAGACUGAACACACACAUAUACAUACACUGAAAUCAACAUCAGAUGCGUUUUUCUAAGAUUUAAGGCCAGACACUGCAGAUCAAGAGGGUUAAAAUUAGCUAAUAGUUAUUAACAUAGUUUGUAAUU